CCAGAUCUGCGUUUCUGGGACCCGCAGCACCUUGCGUUGCUCUUCGACACCCACAACUGUACUACCACCGUCGCCAUGUCGAGCGCCACCACGGCGCUGAGCCCGGCCGCGAGCGGCGAGGCCGGAGCAUCGACGGGUCCAGGCGACGGCGGCGCCGAGGCCAUCCAGGGCGUGCCUAUCUCCGAACACGCCGCCUACCUCGCCCAGGUCUACAUUGGCGUCAGCGCCGUGCUUCUCUUCCUGUGCCUGGUGGCCUUUGUAACCCGCGUAUACCAGAGAAUACGGCCGGUGUGGAAGGCGGGACUCGACGACUAUUUCAUCGUGGCCGGUUUCGUCCUCACCAUCGCCGAUUACGCAAUGUUGAUGCCCCUGAUGGUUCCGAAAGCCGGGCUGAUCUCGCUGGAACGGUCGACGCUGGCGGGCAAGAACUCGUGGCUGGCCAUCUCGGUCUGGGGCCUGUCGAUGUCGUGCAUCAAGAUCUCGAUCGCGCUCACGCUGCUACGGAUCCAGGGCAAGGAGCGCGGGUGGCGCAUCUUCCUGUACAGCGUCAUGGCCAUUUCGGCCCUCUACGGGGUGGGCAACACGCUCUUCAACCUCGUCAUCGCCUGCCGCCCGCUCGAGGCUGCCUGGAACCCCUUCCUGCCGGGCGCCCGCUGCGUCUCGGUCCAGGUCAUGCGCGGCAUCUCCAACCUGGGCGCGGCCGUCAACAUCACGACCGACGUGCUGCUGUCGCUGGCGCCGGCGACCUUCCUGCGCAAGCUGAACCGCCGGCUGCGCGAGCGCGUCUUCGUCUGCGUCCUCAUGGGCAUGGGCCUGUUCGCCAGCGUCUUCAGCGUCAUCAAGACGGUCAUCGUCAAGGACUGGGGCGACCCCAACAAGCAGGGCGACUUCUGGGCCCAGGGCGUCUCCAUCAGCACCUUCACCGUCCUCGAGCAGCUGCUCGGCGUCCUGGCCGCCUGCGUCCCCGCCAUGAAGGGCAUGCUGCAGCGCUGCCUCGGCGCCUUCGGCCUCUCCCUGACCGAGAACAAGUCGCACCAGCGGUCCGGCUACUACGCCGCCGGCCGCAGCGGCACCGCCACCGGCGUCGGCGUCGCCAGCCGCGCGGGAGGAGGAGAAGGAGUAGUAGUAGGCGGCGGCAGCGUGCUGGACCCGACAGAGACCUACCGGAGCCACAAGGGGGGCAAUCACCGCUUCUCGUCCCGCGGGGGCAAGACAGACAUCUACGACGACGAGACCUGCAUCGACCUGCCGGAUCUCAGCAGACCCGGCUCGACAAAAUCGGUCGGCGACCGGUCGCUCGACAACGGCCAGGGCGGAUCCAGCAGGGAACACUCGGUCGAGCAGUUGCCUGCCCAUGCUAUACAAAAUUAGAAAUUGUUACAUGAUUAGUCCUAGUGAUAUGUAGCGAACAACCGUUUCCUUUGUUUGGUCUUCUUUUUCAUCUUUCAUUCUCUUCUUCUUCUUUUUAUUCGUCGUUUCGAACGUCACCACCUGGAAUGAGUGAUGAUAAGUCACCUCAAAAUGAAGAAAGCAGAUGAGCGCUCCGACAAUACGCUUCGGUGCGCAGCACGCGUUGUGCCAGAAAGCGGACGGGGCAACGUUCUUCUCUUCGAUAACCUUCCAUUCUGGGUGGCGUGUGGAAGCGUGCGA